CAGAGCAGAGUCUCUGAUAUCCAGCUGUGUGUCUAUGAAGAGUGACCUAUCCAAAGAUGAUCCUCCAUACUUCAGUAAUGAACCCGGACCCUCUUUGCAUGUAGGUCAACACAGUCGACGGUUGGCAGAGUCUCCAGUAUCCAGCCGCCUGUCUGUGAAGAGUGACUGGUCCAAAGAGUCACCUCCGAACUUCAGUAAUGAACCUGGACCCUCAGACACAAAGGAUCAGUAUCAGAGAGCAGAGUCUGUAAUAUCCAGCUGUCUGUCUAUGAAGAGUGACUGGUCUAAAGAUUCCCCACCAAACUUCAGUAAUGAACAUGGACCCUCAGACACAACUGAAGGUUUAGUGGAGGAGCAGCUGUCCUGCUGUUCUUUGUGUCAGGACGUCCUGAAGGAUCCAGUCUCUACCAGUUGUGGACACUGGUUCUGCAGACAGUGCAUCACCUCAUACUGGGACCAGUCUGCUUCAUCAGGAGACUCCUCCUGUCCCCAGUGUGGAAAAAGAUCCAGAACCAGACCUGGACUGCAGACAGACAGUCAGACCAGCACUGUACAAACCAGUGUUGAUCUGCAGGAUAUUUUAGAGGAACAUCAGAUCAGUCUGGGAGUGAUCAGUCAAAAUCUGACUGAAGAAACAGAUGAAGCAAGAAGUGAAACCUAUCGCAACAGCAUCUUCACUGAGGUCUACAUCACAGAGGGACAGAGUGAAGACAUUAAUACCCAACAUGAGGUGUGGAAACUUGAAACAGCUUCCAAGAUGAAUCCCCUCCAUGACGCUCCAAUCAAGUGUCAGGACAUCUUUAAAGUCUUACCUGACCAACAGAAACACAUCAGAGUGGUUCUGAUGAACGGCGUCGCUGGCGUUGGAAAAACCUUCUCAGUGCUGAACUUCACUCUGGACUGGGCACAGCGCUCCAACAACCAAGAUAUCAGUCUGCUGAUUCUGUUCUCGUUCAGGGAGCUGAACUUGAUCAAAGAUGAGCAGUACAGUCUGCUCAUGCUGAUCCAUGUUUUCUAUCCAACAUUACAGAAGCUCACAGCAGAGAAGCUCGCUGUCUGUAAAGUUCUGUUCAUCUUUGACGGCCUGGAUGAAAGCAGACUUUCACUGGAUUUCAACAACAGUGAGGUCGUGUCUGAUGUCACACAGAAGUCAUCAGUCAGCGUGCUGUUGACAAACCUCAUCAAGGGGAAACUGCUUCCAUCGGCUCUCAUCUGGAUAACUUCCCGACCUGCAGCAGCCAAUCAGAUCCCUCCUUCAUGUGUGGACAGGGUAACAGAAGUACGAGGCUUCACUGAAGCCCAGGAGGAGGAGUACUUCAGGAGGAGAUUCAGUGAUGAAAAGCAGUCCAGCACAAUCAUCUCACACAUCAAGACAUCCAGGAGCCUCCACAUCAUGUGUCGCAUCCCAGUCUUCUGCCGGAUCACUGCUACAGUUCUGGACCACAUGUUGACUUCAGACCAGAGAGGAGAGCUGCCCAAGACCCUGACUGACCUGUACUCACACUUCCUGCUGGUUCAGACAAAGAGGAAGAAGAACAAGUAUGAUGAGGGACAUGAGACGAGUCCACAGGAGCUGACGGAGGCUGACAGUGAACUUCUUCUGAAGCUGGGGAGGCUGGCAUUUGAACAACUGGAGAAAGGAAACAUCAUGUUCUACCAAGAAGACCUGGAGCAGUGUGGUCUUGAUGUCACAGAGGCCUCUGUGUUAUCAGGAGUUUGUACACAGAUCUUCAAAAGAGAGAGUGUGAUCUUCCAGAAAACAGUCUACAGCUUUGUUCAUCUGAGCGUUCAGGAGUUUCUGGCUGCAGUCUACAUGUACCACUGUUACACCAACUGGAAGAAAGAGGUACUGGAGGGUUUCCUGGGACCAGAAUGGACUACAUUUACUGAGGAUGGUGCAAACUUGGAGCUGUACCUCAGGAAAUGCUUGGGGAAAGCCCUAACCAGUAAAAUUGGCCACCUGGACCUGUUUGUCCGCUUCCUUCAUGGCCUCUCUCUGGAGUCCAACCAGAGUCUCUUAGGAGACCUGCUGGGUCAGACAGACAGCAGUCCAGAAACCAUCCAGAGAGUCAUCAACAACCUGAAGAAGAUGAACAGUGGUGAUUUCUCUCCUGACAGAAGCAUCAACAUCUUCCACUGUCUGAUGGAGAUGAACGACCGCUCAGUACAUCAGGAGAUCCAAGAGUUCCUGAAGUCAGAGAACAGAUCAGAGAAGGAACUCUCUGAGAUCCACUGCUCAGCUCUGGCCUACAUGCUGCAGAUGUCAGAGGAGGUUCUGGAUGAGUUGGACCUGAGGAAGUACAACACAUCACAGGAGGGACGACGGAGACUGAUCCCAGCUGUGAGGAACUGCAGAAAGGCUCGAUUGCAGAGCUGCAGUUUGUCAGAGGUCAGCUGUGCUUCUCUGGCCUCAGCUCUGAAGUCCAACCCCUCCCAUCUGAGAGAGCUGGAUCUGAGUAACAACAAGCUGCAGGAUUCAGGACUGAACCAUCUGUGUGAUUUUGUAGAGAAUCCAAACUGUAGACUGAAGACUCUGAGACUAGAUGACUGUGGGCUGACAGAGAUCAGCUGUGGAUCUCUGGCCUCAGCUCUUAAGUCCAACCCCUCCCAUCUGAGAGAGCUGGAUCUGAGUCACAACGAGCUGCAAGAUUCAGGAGUGAAGCUGCUAUGUGAUUUUCUUGAGCAUCCACACUGUAGACUGGAAACUCUGGGAUUGAACAAAUGCGGUUUUUCAAAGAUCAGCUGUGCUUCUCUGGCCUCAGCUCUGAAGUCCAACCCCUCCCAUCUGAGUGAUUUGGACCUGAGUGAAAACAAGCUGCAGGAUUCAGGAAUGAAUCAGCUGUGUGAUGGUCUAGAGAGUCCACACUGCAAACUGGAGACUCUGAGGCUGAGAUACUGUGGACUGACAGAUAACAGCUGGGCUUUUCUGGCAACAGCACUUCAUACCAACCCCUCCCAUCUGAGAGAGCUGAGUAUCUCUUGUCACGUGUGA